AUUAACUGCUGACUCGUUUCAAGAAGUUUUGCAGUUAUGCUAAAGCCGCUUAUCUUUCACUAAAAACUGAAGAGUUAUAGUAUACUAAGACAAAGUAUACCAUGGCAGCAGUUGGUUUUUUUAAGUAAAAUUCCACUAUCAGCAGCAAAAAUUGUAUGCACCCCAUCAUCGCCUCCACAGUAGACAGUGUAGUUUUUUUUGUGUUAUCAGCGGUUAUUAUCAGGACUGCCUAACAGAUUUCCUUUGUCUUCAUCGGUCCCACAAUCGCCAUUGAAGCCGCUUCUAUGAUAUUGCCCUUGCCUUCUUUGAACUGGCUGUUGAUCAUCUACAAAAGCAGAAAAGGAAAGUCCAUUUAGUCGAUGCGAUGGGGUGUGUCCUCCCCUGUACUUAUUUUUUUUUUUGCUAUCUUGUUUCCAGAGGUUUGCGGCGCAUCCAACACUUUGGGACAGUUAUCAAAUCAAAGUAGACAGAAAAAGCCUGAAAGUCGGUUCAGGUAUGUACACACAAAAAGUAUAAUCGAAAUCUUCAAACGCUUGCUGAUAAACCAUGUGAUUGCUGAAAGGACUCUACGGCUGGAUUACUAAACUGUUGACAUGCUGAUAACGAUGGUUUUGAA